AUGGCUACAAAAAUUAGUGCUACACAAUUGGAAGCUCGUUUGGGCCGUUUGGAUGCUGCUUAUAACGGAUUGAAGGUGCUGACAGGUGAAUUGUAUAAUUUCGAGGAAGAUAAGGAUUUUGUAGAUCCUGAGGAUGAUUUUGCGGAAUACGAAGGGAAAUAUUUUAUGGUUAAGGGUAUUUUUACGGAUUUGAUAAACUCUCAAAGGCCCCAUGAAUCGAUUUCUGAUCCGCAAAACGACGUAUUUAAUAGAUUAUCUGAACAACACUCCGCUUUGUUGAAUAGGCUUGAUACUCCAGUGACUACGCGCAAUGGCGAUGGUGAUUUGCCUAAAAUUAGAAUUGAACCUUUUACCGGAAAAUAUGCAGAUUGGCCAUCUUUUAAGGAUCUUUUUAAUAGUGCUAUUGAUUCCAGACCAAAUCUGACGAACAUACAAAAGUUCCACUACUUGAAGUCCGUGUUAAAGGAUGAUGCAGCUAAUCUCAUCAAACAUAUGCAGAUUACAGACUUGUCAUAUUCUACUGUAUGGGAUCGACUCAAGGAACGUUAUGAUCGCCCGCGGCACAUUGUGAAUUCCUAUAUUGAGACUUUUAUGUCAAUUUCGUCACUGAAGGAGGAAAAUUCAACUGGGCUUCGUAAGAUUUCUGAUGUUUCUAACGAGGUUAUUAGGGGUCUGGAGGCUAUAGGUUUUGAUGAGCGCGACCAUUGGUUGAUCCAUAUACUUCAGUCAAAGAUUGAUCCUGAUUCUCGUAGAAAAUGGGUUGAAAGGACGCAAGAUGAAACGAAACCUACGAUAUCAUCAUUCUUAACAUUUUUGGAUCAACGGUGUGAGGAAAUAGAACUUGGUAGAAACACUUCUUGUCAGAGAAGUCAUAACAGUCUCAUACACAAUUCGCAACCCACAGAUGGUGAUCAACAUCAAGUUACUACAUCUAGUUCGAAUAUCGUUACUUCUCCAACGGAAUAUUCUUCAAGAAAACUCAAUUUCAAACGCAUUCUGCCAACGGCAUUGGUUAAUGUUCGAGAUCGUGACGGGAACUUUGUAGCCUGCCGUGUUUUGCUUGAUACGGCAUCAGAAUACUCGUACGUUACCGAGGAUUGUAUUAAGCGAUUGGGAUUACCACGCAGUGCAUCACGUAUGCCACUCUCUGGAAUUCAGUCGAUCAAAGCUGAUCCAACACGCGGUCAUGCUUUCGUUCAUAUUAGAUCUAGAUUAUCAGGGAAAUCUGUGGAUACUUUAGUACACAUUUUGGGGCAUAUAACUGCUUCCCUUCCUAGGUCGACAAUCAUUAGUUAUGAUUCUACACUAUUUACUAAUCUCAAUCUUGCAGACCCUCAUUGGAAUCGGUCGUCACCUAUUGAUAUAUUGCUAGGAGCUGAUGAGGUCUGGGAUGUUUUAUCAAUGGAGAAAUUGGAAAAUGAUCAGGGUAAAGUCGUUGCAGUUUCCACGAUUUUUGGUUGGGUGGUAACAUCGGGUAUUUUACCUUGUGAAGGUCAUGCACCUGCUACUUUGCUUACGUUGGUCGAUCUUGAUCGGUCAAUUCGUGCAUUUUGGGAGAUUGAGGACUGCUCCAACAUAUCGAAUAAGAAGGAUGCCGAAUCUUUAAUCGUUGAACAACAUUUUGAUACUACUCAUCGCAGGCACAAUGAUGGAAAGUAUAUCGUUGAACUUCCAUUCAAGGAAGAUGAUAUUAAAUUUGCUGAAACCUAUAAAGGUGCUCUUGCACGUUUUAAUGCUACAGAACGCAGGCUGUCUAGAAAUCCAGAUCCAGGGGCGCAAUAUGUGGAAUUUAUGCGAGAGUAUGAAAGUUUGGGCCACAUGCGAGAGCUUUCUCCUGAUGAAAUAGAGGUUCCAUACGGACGAGUAUACUACUUGCCUCAUCACCCAGUUGUUGGGUCGAAAUUAAGGGUUGUCUUUGAUGGAUCUUUUCAGGAUGCUUCUGGUAGUUCUCUGAAUAGUAAAUUAUACAUUCCACCGUCAAUACAACGGAACUUAUUUGCAGUAUGCCUUAGAUUUCGCCUGCAUGAAUUUGUAUUCUCCGCCGACAUAGUCAAGAUAUUUCGUCAAAUCUGGGUAUCGGAAAGUCACCGCAACUUUCAAAGAAUUCUAUGGAGGGAAACCCCAGGAAAACCACUCAAACAUUUUCAACUAUGUACAGUGACAUAUGGAACCGCCUCUGCGCCUUUCCUUUCAGUUAGAGUACUCGAACAGUUGGCUAUUGAUUAUAAUAAAUCCCAUCCCAACGCGAGUAAGAUCUUAUUGGAGGACUUUUACGUCGAUGAUGUCCUGACUGGUGCCUCUUCUGAACAACAAUUGAAACAAUACCGUGAUGAACUCGUUGAUCUUCUACAACAAGCUGGAUUUCAAUUGAGUAAAUGGGUGUCCAAUAGCGACACACUGAAACAAACUAACCACAACACACCAAGUUUUUUGAAGGAUAAUGACUCAACUAAGGUCCUUGGUAUACAUUGGUAUUCUGACGAAGAUCGUAUCAGGUACAAAAUAUGUUUGGGAGAUCCACAACAUGUCUCAAAGAGGACGAUUUUGUCCGAUGUGGCCCGAAUCUUUGACCCGCUAGGACUGGUGUCCCCGGUUGUUAUAAAAUUCAAGAUUUUAUUCCAAGAGUUAUGGCUCAUGAAUUUAGGUUGGGAUGACCCACUGCCACCAGACAUAGCGGACGUGUGGAUGAAAUAUCGUGAAGAUUUACGAAAUCUUAACAGGUUACGGUUGCCUCGCUUUGUACCGAAUAUGAAUACGGACAUUACGCUACAUGGUUUCAGCGAAGCAUCCUUGAAGGCUUACUCUGCUGUAAUAUACUGUUUGGUAAAGGACAAACACGGUAACAUCAAGUUAUCCUUGAUUGCAUCGAAAACUCGUGUAUCGCCGCUUAAGCAGAUUUCAUUACCCAGAUUGGAGUUAUGUGGAGCCUUACUACUCACUAGACUGAUGAAAUCAGUAAUUUUGUCGCUACCACAUACGAACAUUCAAUUGCGUGCCUGGUGUGAUUCGACUGUGGUGCUAUCAUGGUUAUCAGUGCAGCCGAUCACGCUCAAAACAUUUGUUGGAAACCGUACAGCGGAGAUAUUGGAAACUCUCCCUAGAAGCGCUUGGGGACACGUUUGUUCAAAGGAAAAUCCCGCUGAUUGCGCAUCACGCGGUCUUAUGAUGAAUCAACUUCUAAAUCACGACCUAUGGUGGUCGGGACCAACAUUUUUGAAAACUUCGCAACAACCUGAAAGUGAUUCUUCUCAGGCAACAAUCAACAACACGGAGGUGGAAGCCGAAAUGAAAACUACAACAACUCACAGCUUAACUACGCGUCAACAUCCUACAGAACGUCUAUUAGAGAGGACACUUGCAAAUACGUCCAGCUGGUGGAAACUUUUACGCAUCGCGGCAUAUGUACGCCGCUUUGUUAACUUACGUGUACGGAAAGUCAAAAAUCCGAACACAUUUUUGACGUUCGAUGAAAUCGCGCAAGCUAACAUAACAUGCCUCAAAAUGGCUCAGGAUUAUUUUUCAUCGGAAAGAAUUAAGCUACAACGUGGAUUAGAUCUCGACAAAGGUUCUAAACUGACAAGGCUCUCACCAUACAUUGAUGAACUAGGACUUCUCCGAGUAGGAGGUCGCAUACGACACUCGGAACUUGCUAAUGCAGUUCAACAUCCAAUAAUUCUUCCGGGUAAGCACAAAAUAUCGAAUCUAAUUCUUGAGGAACAACAUAUAAGAAAUCUACAUCCUGGUGUAUCAACAUUAUUCGUGAUUAUUCGUCAAUAA